AUGAGUAAAGAUCCAGUUGUUAAGGUUAUUGUGGACGUUAUCAUACGAUACGAUAUAUGUGCGGUGCAAGAGGUUUGUGACAAGGAUGGAGUGGCAGUGUACGAUCUUUUAAAAGAGCUAAACGAUAAAACCAAUGGUAAAUACUCUCUGCAGUUGGGGCCACGUGUUGGUAAUACGUAUCGAGAUACUGAACAGUAUGCUUUUUAUUACAGGCAUGACGUGGUUACGGUUUUGGGCAAUUACACGUACAGUGACCCGAACAAUGUCUUCGCCCGCGACCCCUACAUGGUUUAUUUCUCAACAACAGAAUCAGUACUCAAACGUUUUGUAUUUGGUGCCAUACACACAAGGCCAAAACAUGCAGUGUCAGAAAUUGAUCACCUGACAAAGGUUAAUGCCGACGCAAAAGAACAGUUUCAAGACGAGAAUGUCUUGAUUGGUGGAGAUUACAACGCUGACUGUGCUUAUGUUAAAGAGCAUGAUUGGAAGGAGAUCAGUUACAGAACAAUGCCUAUUUUCACUUGGUUAAUCGACGAUGAUGCUAAGACCAACUUAGCUCGUACGUCUUCGUGUGCAUAUGACAGAUUAGUGACUCAUGGGCAGGGGUUCAGAGAUGCGUAUCUACCAGGAAGUGCUAAAGUAUUUUAUUAUGACCAAGACCUCUAUGACACCCCGAUGAAUCGCACAUUGGCAUUAGCCGUGAGUGACCACUAUCCAGUGGAGAUGUCCAUAAAGGAUCCAAACCGUAUCCAGCCAUUGUAA